UUCCGGCAGACAGAUUCCUCUCUCUCAGCUCAGCUCCCAGCAGCAAGCAAAGCCAGCUCGUUAUAAUGCUUCUGGGGGCAGCUCUAGCGUCAUUGCAGAAAAGCAAAAAGGAAGGGGUGGGUAGCUCUCGCUCGCCUGCGAGGUUAAGGUAGCGGAGGAAGAUCGGUCAGUUUGGCUGGCCUUGUGUGUUACUGGGGCUGUGGGGACAGCAGGAGGAAGCGAGAUGGGGAGGGGCAGGGUCGAGCUGAAGCGGAUCGAGAACAAGAUCAACCGCCAGGUGACCUUCUCCAAGCGCCGCAACGGCCUCCUCAAGAAGGCCUACGAGCUCUCCGUGCUCUGCGACGCCGAGGUGGCGCUCAUCGUCUUCUCCAGCCGCGGCAAGCUCUACGAGUUCGGCAGCGCAGGAGUAAGCAAGACACUGGAAAAGUAUCAUAAUUGUUGCUACAAUGCUCAUGGUUCCAACAAUGAUUUUGGUGGUGAACCUCAGAGUUGGUACCAAGAAAUGUCAAGACUCAAGGCUAAGCUUGAAUCCCUCCAACGCUCUCAAAGGCAUAUGCUUGGUGAGGACCUUGGGCCAUUGAGCAUAAAGGAGCUGCAGCAACUAGAAAAACAGCUUCAAUAUGCACUGUCACAGGCUCGACAGCGGAAGACUCAAAUGAUGAUGGAACAGGUGGAUGAGCUUCGCCGAAAGGAGCGCCAACUUGGCGAGCUUAACAAGCAACUGAAAAACAAGCUUGAAGCGGAAGGUUGUAGCAACUACAGGGCCGUCGUCGUCCAAACCUCCUGGGCAACUGACGCUGUCGUGGGUUCCGACGGCGGUGCACUCCCCGCCCCAAAUGCUCAACCAGCAGCUGCUAUGGACUGUGAGCCCACUCUGCAAAUCGGGUAUCACCAGUUCGCUUCCCCUGAGGCAGCAGCCAUGCCAAGAAGCAGCACUACCGAAGGAGGGGAGCAGAACGGCCACUUCAUGCUCGGUUGGGCCCUUUGAGCUGCUAUCGAUUUAUGGAAGCAAAUAAUUAUUAUGACGUGCGCGUAUGUACGCGUAUAGCAAGCGAUCGAUUAGACGUAUCACUACUGUAAUUUGUAGCUGCUGAGGGUAUGUAUGCCCUAGCUGUAAGCUUGCACGUACUGUACUCUCUCUACCAAUUAUAUGAUGGCUCCAUGCUGUAGUUUCAGAAAACAGUGCUAGGUAGCCUUCUGCUAGUACUUGAUUCUUGGAUUAGAAUCAGCGCUUGAGUUGAAGGCCAUCCAGUUGAAGGAAUUGUACUCUCUCUAUUCAUAGUGUGCCUCCACCGUACUACCUCAACCGGCCAACUGUGGAUUGGACCGUCAAAGGACUAUGAAACUAGGAUAGGAAAGGCAUGCUUGCAUUGAGCCAACCUGAACUGAAAGGCACGGACCAAAUUAAAUAUUGAAA